CAUAUUUCUUCAAUAAUCUGCUGUUUUUUCUCUCAAAUUUUGGAUCUUUGCCAUAAAUUAAUCGAACAUAAUUACUCCUUGUUCGCCUAAUACACAAGUUUUACGAAAAAGCAGCUUGAAAUACUCAUUCAGUAAUUUCAACAAACACAUAAUCUGCAUAAGCAAGCAUCCUCACCCUGUUCUUGUUAUUUAAUAGAGAAAGAAACCAUCCUCGCCUCGAAACACGGUAGCUGAAGACAGCGGCGUUUUGUGAUUUCUAUAACCAUCUGGCGGCGGAAACGGGAGUGUCGAGCUGUGGUUUUGCGGCGGUGAAAUGAAGCGGCAGGCAGAUGAAGAACAAAUUCUCACACUUUGAGAUUGAAAAUGUUGCAGUUAUGAUUUCGGUGGUGUUCAGUCUUAGCUAUGAAAAUUAUGUCAAGAUUCAAAUGCCCUAUAGCAGUAUUAAACGUGGCUCUUCAGCUCCGAAGAUUCGAUUCUGUUCGGGUAUUUGAGGGUAGGACGAGACCGGGUGGAUCGUCGAAUAAUCACCGGGAUAUAGUCGAUGAGUUCACCAUGCAUUGCUAUCAAAAGGAUCUUCCCAAUGCAAUGAAGGCAUUGGAUUCUAUGCAGAAACAUAAGCUAUGGGCGGAUUCGAUCACUUACUCCGAGCUAAUUAAGUGCUGCAUAGCCCGUGGAGCCGUUAAACAAGGGAAGCUAAUCCACCGUCAUGUCUUCUCGGAUGGCUAUGAGCCGAAGACUUUCCUUAUCAACUCACUUCUGAACAUGUAUGUGAAGUUUAAUUUGCUGGAUGACGCGGAAUUCUUGUUUGACCGGAUGGUCGGGAGGAAUGUGGUGUCGUGGACAACCAUGAUCGCUGCGUACUCUAAUUCAGAGUGUAAGUAUAAGGCCUUGCGAAUGCUGGUUAUGAUGCUUAGAGAUGGUGUUCAGCCGAAUAUGUACACGUAUUCUUCGGUUCUGAGAGCCUCUGAGGAGAUUUCGACCCUCAAACAGCUUCACUGUUGCAUAAUCAAGGUGGGUUUGGAGUUGGAUGUUUUCGUCAGGAGUGCUUUGAUCGAUGUUUACUGCAAAUGGGGUGAGCCGAGAUCAGCGCUUUUGAUGUUCGACGAGAUGGGAACUUCGGAUAUUGUGGUGUGGAACUCCAUCAUUGGGGGUUUUUCUCAGAACAGUGAUGGAGAGGAAGCGCUCAAUCUGUUUAUCCGGAUGAAGAGAUCUGGUUUCUGGGCUGACCAGUCGACUUUAACGAGUGUUCUGCGUGGCUGCACUAGUUUAGCGUUGUUGGAGCUGGGAAGACAGGUUCACGUUCAUGUCAUCAAGUUUAAUCGAGACUUGGUCUUGAACAACGCCCUUUUAGACAUGUAUUGCAAGUGUGGUAGUUUGAAAGACGCUGAUUUCGUCUUCACUCGAAUGGUUGUCAAAGAUGUGAUCUCUUGGAGCACCAUGAUAAUAGGCUUUGCCCAAAACGGUUACAGCCGGAAAGCGAUAGAUCUAUUCAGGGCAAUGAGGGGAUCGGGAAUGAAACCGAAUCACAUCACAGUUUUGGGGGUUCUGUUUGCUUGCAGCCAUGCGGGGCUAGUGGAGGAGGGACGGUGUUACUUUGAGUCGAUGAAGACGGACUUUGGAGUUGAUCCGGGAAGGGAGCAUUGCGGCUGCAUGAUUGAUCUCCUCGGAAGAGCAGGGAAGCUUGACGAAGCUAAGAAACUGAUUCAUGAAAUGAAAUGCGAACCGAAUGCUGUGACAUGGAGAGCUUUGCUCGGUGCGUGUAGGGUUCACCGUGACAUGGAUUUAGCCGAGUAUGCAGCGAAGAAGGUCUUGAGCUUGGAUCCUUGUGACGCAGGGACGUACACGCUUCUGUCUAAUAUAUACGCCAACGGCCAACGAUGGGACGAGGUUGCGAAACUGAGGGGACUCAUGAGGGACCGAGGGAUCAAGAAAGAACCGGGAUGCAGUUGGAUUGAGGUAGAUAAGCAAGUCCAUGCUUUCACGUUGGGCGACAACGCUCAUCCGGAGAUUCAUCAAGAGCUGGGGCGUGUCGUUCGGAGAUUGAAGGAAGAGGGCUAUGUUCCGGACACGAGCUUUGUGUAUCAAGAUGUUGAAGGAGAGCAGAUGGAGAACUCGCUUGUCUACCACAGCGAGAAACUGGCUAUUGUUUUCGGGAUCAUGAGGUUGCCGAAAGGGAAGACGGUUAGAAUUCGAAAGAAUCUGAGGAUAUGUGGCGACUGCCAUGUUUUUGCAAAGCUUUUGUCGAAAGUGGAAGGUAGAAGCAUCAUCGUUAGGGAUCCGGUUCGUUACCACCAUUUUCACGACGGGGCUUGCUCGUGCGGUGAUUAUUGGUAGUGUGCAACGAAGAAUGGAACGUUAGAUAUUUGAUAUCUCACGCGUAGAUUUGUUGAAGUAGUUCAACACAUUGUUGUACAUCGAACAGACUGGUAUUUUGAUAUGAGGCGGGAAAGGUCGUUAUAUGGGGGCACGUGAUGAUUUGCCACUUGAAAUCGAGACAUUGGGAUUGGACCGGUAGAUAGAUUCAUAACGUUUUGAGCACAACCAGUAACCAUUCGAACCCGUUUAAAUUGUAGGAGUGCGUCUUGGAUCGGUCGAUUAUGUUAUGGACGGAAUCCGACUCAUGGCGAUCUGGUUGAAUUGGGAGAAGUCGUAGUUAUUAUUUUAGGUCGAUCGAUUGGAGAACCAAUCACUCAAGUUAACAUUAUGAAAUAGCAAGCAAUUGCAUAUGAUUGAGUUGUCUGUGCAACACACUAAAUUAUUUGGAAUCAAGGCAUGCCCAUGAUACUUAUUUUAAUUAUAUAAUAUAAUAAAAUAUUUCUCAA